AUGUCCAAAACCACAUCUCUCGCCCUCAUCGCAGCUUUAAGCGCGGGAGGCGGUGCCGCACUUACAGCGACCAUGUACUCGUUCCGCUCUCAGAAGCAACCUACCGCCCCAACAACCACGACCUCUCUUACGUCCUCCUCUUCCGUCCCGGUGCCUAGCACCCAAGUCUUCACCAACCCCAAUGCGCCGCUCCCUCCUGCGCUCGCCGCGCCGUCGCCGCCGCUACCUGGUUCCGUCCCCGGCAGCCCCGUAAACCCAGCCGGUCUCUUUGAGUACGGUUUCCCUGGCCCCGUCGCCGACCUCGCGAGCCGCCACGCCCUCAUUUCGAGCUACGACCGCCGCACGCGCAACCCGCAUUGGGUCGUCGAGCACAUUACCCCAGCCUCCCUCGCCCAGCGUGGUGGCGAUCGCAAGCACAGCGCCUUCGUUGAGGACACCUCUAUCCCCGAGAAGUUCCAGGCCAAGCUCAAGGACUAUUACCGCAGCGGUUACGACCGCGGCCAUCAGGUCCCCGCCGCCGACUGCAAGUGGUCCCAGAAGGCCAUGGACGACACCUUUUACCUCUCAAACAUGUGCCCCCAGGUCGGCGACGGCUUCAACCGCGACUACUGGGCACACUUUGAGGACUUCUGCCGCCGUCUGACCACCCGCUACCCCUCCGUCCGCAUCGUCACCGGCCCCCUCUACCUGCCCAAGCGCGACCCCGUCGACGGCAAGUGGUACACAAAGUACGAGGUCAUCGGCAACCCGCCCAACGUCGCCGUGCCUACGCACUUUUAUAAGGUCAUUUUCGCCGAGGACGGCAAGGUCGGCGGCAACGUCGCCAUCGGAGCCUUUGUCAUGCCCAACGCGCCCAUCCCCAACGAGAAGCCCCUCUCCGACUUUGAGAUGCCCCUCGAGGCCGUCGAGCGCGCCGCUGGUAUCGAGUUUGCGACCAAGCUUGCGCCUCAGCGCCGCAAGAGGCUGUGCACGGAGACGUCGUGCGCCAUCGUCGUCAAGGAAUACGCCGACAGGCAGAAGUCGUUCGGCAAGGGUGGAUCGCAGUCCCGGAGCCCGAGCCCAUAG